UAAAAAAAAGCACCCGAACUAAAUUAUUGUUCUCUGAAGAUGCAGAAGAGCAACAUAUUUAACGUCACUGGCAGAAAUGUAAACAAACAGGUAGUAUCGCCUUCCUGCUUGGCACACUUUGCACGCUGUCAUUCUAUUGUUUCCACCACUAGAGGGUGCUACAGAGCCGCAACCUUUCCUGUGACGCGGCAGGACCGGAAGUGCACCUUUUGAAAGACACGACAGUACACUUGUGAAGUCGGAAGAACGACACUUGUAUAUGUGAUCAUUCCAGAGUGUGAUAAUAUACGAAAUGUUUGAUGGAAAAAAAAAAAGAAAAGAGAAUGAUUGUUUCGAAGUCAUAGGUCAGGAUCGAAGAUCUUAAUCUGAAAUUUCCCUCCUCGCCGGAAGUGGGUCGCUCAGCCAUCUUGAUUAGAAGGCGUGUCUGCGCUGUCACGGAGAGAAACACCUCCAGUGCUGGCGUCGUGUCGCACUACAACACUUUCUGACGCUCCUCGGACGGACUUGGACUUUUCUACUUUAGUCCGCCGCCACAACGCGGUGUGUCUCAAGCCGCGAACAUUUUGAACCAGAGCGGGGAGAAGAAGAAGAAGAAGAAGAAGAAGAGGCGCGAAACAUGGCGACUACAACCUGCACGCGAUUCACGGACGAGUAUCAACUGUACGAGGAGUUGGGCAAGGGAGCCUUUUCAGUGGUGCGCAGAUGCGUGAAGCUGUGCACAGGACAGGAAUACGCUGCCAAAAUCAUCAACACCAAAAAGUUAUCAGCGAGAGAUCACCAAAAGCUGGAACGAGAGGCUCGGAUCUGUCGCCUGCUUAAACACGCCAACAUCGUUCGUCUUCAUGACAGUAUAUCAGAGGAAGGCUUCCACUACCUCCUCUUUGACCUGGUGACCGGAGGUGAACUGUUUGAGGACAUUGUAGCCAGAGAGUAUUACAGUGAGGCAGAUGCCAGUCAUUGCAUCCAGCAGAUCCUGGAGGCGGUGCUUCACUGCCAUCAAAUGGGCGUGGUUCACCGAGACCUCAAGCCAGAGAACCUGCUCCUGGCCAGCAAAUGCAAGAACGCAGCAGUGAAGCUGGCCGACUUUGGCCUGGCCAUCGAGGUGCAGGGGGAGCAGCAGGCCUGGUUUGGCUUUGCAGGCACACCAGGGUACCUGUCCCCGGAGGUCCUGAGAAAGGAGUCAUAUGGCAAGCCCGUGGACAUCUGGGCCUGUGGGGUGAUCCUCUACAUCCUGCUGGUGGGUUACCCUCCUUUCUGGGACGAGGACCAGCACAAGCUCUACCAGCAGAUCAAGGCUGGGGCUUACGACUUCCCUUCUCCUGAGUGGGACACGGUGACCCCAGAGGCCAAAAACCUGAUCAACCAGAUGCUGACCAUCAACCCGGCCAAGAGGAUCACCGCCCAGGAGGCCCUCAAGCACCCGUGGGUCUGCCAACGGUCCACAGUGGCGUCCAUGAUGCACAGACAAGAGACCGUGGAGUGCCUGAAGAAGUUCAACGCCAGGAGGAAACUGAAAGGAGCCAUCCUGACCACCAUGCUGGUCUCUCGGAAUUUCUCCGUGGGCAGCAGGCAGACCACCGCUCCAGCCUCUGCCACUGCGGCCGCUGGCACCACCGCAGGGUUGGUGGAACAAGCCAAGACUUUGCUGAACAAGAAGGCUGAUGUCAAGAAAAGAAAGUCCAGCUCUACUGUGCAGUACAUGCCCCAGACAAACAGCAGCAAAAACAGCAUAGUCACCAGCCCAAAAGGAAACAUCCCCUCACCUGCUCUGGAACCUCAGACCACGGUCAUCCAUAAUCCAGCCGACGGGACCAAGGAGUCGUCGGACAGCAGCAACACCACGGUGGAGGAUGAAGAUGUGAAAGUUCGCAAACAGGAGAUCAUCAAGAUCACGGAGCAGCUGAUCGAGGCCAUCAACAACGGAGACUUUGAGGCUUACGCAAAGAUCUGCGACCCCGGCUUGACCUGCUUUGAGCCCGAGGCUCUGGGCAACUUGGUGGAGGGGAUGGACUUCCACCGGUUCUACUUUGAGAACCUUCUGGCCAAAAACCGCAAGCCCAUCCACACCACCAUCCUCAACCCGCACGUGCACCUGAUCGGCGAGGACGCCGCCUGCAUCGCGUACAUCCGCCUCACGCAGUUUGUGGACGAGCAGGCACAGCCGCGCUCCAGCCAGUCGGAGGAAACCCGCGUGUGGCACCGCCGGGACGCCAAGUGGCAGAACAUCCACUUUCACUGCUCAGGCGCCCCCGCCGCACCGCUGCAAUUAGAUGUUCGUCCUCCAUCUUGUGUGUGAGGAGGAGAAGGAGGAGGAGGAAGAGAGGAGGAGAAGGAGGAGGUGACAAGCACCAUGCUGGAACUUGAAGCACAUGCCAGGCGGGCACCACCAUGGACCACUACCACUACUACCACCACCCACUAGAGGGCGUGCUGGCUCGUUGGUGAUUCUUUCUUCCUGUGCUCUCCUUCUUUCUCUUUUUUCUAUGUGUGGUGUCACUGCACUGAAUAAUACUACUACUACUACUACUACUACUACUACUACUACUACACACCUCAUGUGUACCAUGGAACUUAUUAGUGAUGCCAGUGGGUUCUAGUUCAAGGAUUUUUGUCCACCUUUUUAAGGAAGCAUGCCCCCCCCCCCCCCCUUCUUGAUUACAAUGGCUGUUUUUUAUGGUUGAUAUUUGGUGGAAAAUGAUUGUUUUUGUAUUUGGCUUCUCUGUGUCAGCUGUGAUACCUGCGCCCACUCUCAUAUCUCACCUGUGGCUACUUUUUAAAUCAUUUCUUGUUUUUUGUUGUUGUUGUUGUUGUUGUUGGACUCGUUUUUUUUUUUUUUUUUUUUUUUGGCAAGGGGGCGGGGUCACGCCUGGCGAGUGUGAGUGCGUCUUCUCACUCGAACAAGCUACGUGGUUAAAAGUGCCAAAUGUGCCAGACGGGAAGUGAAGACAUGACAAGGAAGGGGUUCAAACCUUGAAAGUGGAACGAUAGGAAAUCAAGUCCAGUGAAUUUGGUCUGUUCCGGGGUCAAACUGCUACCCUGUUUAGACUUCAGACUUGGACAAACUUUAUUGAUCCACAAGGGAAAUUGUUCCACACAGUAGCUCAGUUGCAAAGGAGGGAAAGUGUAAGGACGGAAAGGAUAAUGCAGGUAUAAAGUAGACUAAAAAUGUAGCGUAGUAGCAAUAUAAAAUAUAACAUAUGUCAUAUUUGUCAUGGCAUCUAUUAAACAAGACAAGAGGCAAAGAAUAAAACAGAGACAGAAUU